CACCAAUUGGCCCAGCGAUCUCGCGAUGGGGAAGACCACGACGGACAACCGAGAUAUCUUCUACCGUCGCGCCAAGGAGGUUGGCUUUCGUGCCCGCUCGGCGUUCAAGCUGAUGCAACUGGACGAUCAGUUCAACUUGUUUGAAAAUGUCGAGCGCGCUGUGGAUCUGUGCGCGGCUCCUGGUAGCUGGAGUCAAGUGCUCAGCCGCAAGCUGUACCACAACCGAGACAUCCCCAACGUGGACAGCGCGACCACGAGCGACGCCAUCCGCGUCGUCUCAGUAGAUCUCCAAGAAAUGGCCCCAAUUCCAGGGGUUGUGCUGCUGCAGGGCGACAUCACAUCGACGCAAACCGCUGACCAGAUCAUUUCGUACUUUGACGGCCAAAAAGCCAAUAUUGUCGUGUGCGACGGCGCGCCGGACGUCACGGGCGUCCAUGAUAUCGACGAGUAUGUUCAGUCGGAGCUGCUCCUGGCGGCACUCAACAUAACAACGUUCGUUCUGGCGCCUCAAGGCAGCUUCGUGGCCAAGAUCUUUCGCUGCAAACACUACGACUUUUUGGCUUCCCAGUUGAGUCUGUUUUUCUCGGAAGUGACGUGCGCCAAGCCCCAGAGCAGUCGCGUCUCGAGCAACGAGCACUUUGUAGUGUGCCGUGGUUUCCGCCUCCCGCCCAACUACACCCCAGUCAUGACGUCGCCUUUGCUGCCGCAGUAUGGCCAGCCAGAAGCACUCGCCGCCAACCCUGCUGUUGUGUCUUUUGUCGCGUGUGGAGACCUCAGCGCGUACGACGACGGUGAAGUCGAUCAGUAGCGUCGCAGGCAUGACUAACCCUAUGAAGAUGAAAUUCAAUGAUGCCGAUCUUAUCACA